AUGUCGACUCUAAUCCGCCGAACCGCCUCGAUUUUCCACCUCAACUCAUGCUGUUCGGGUUUCUACUCGACCCGCUAUCUCCACAACCGGGCCGUAAACGGAACCCCCACCGGUCUCUAUGGCUUUGAUCAAUUGAAGACCCCGAAAGGCUUUCGGCGGUUCGUCGAUGAAGCCAUUGAGAGGUCUACAGAACUUGUUGAUUAUAUAGCUGAGAUGCCUUCAUCUAUGGAAAUUAUUCGUACAAUGGAUGAGAUUUCAGAUACUGUCUGUUCGGUUGUUGAUUCUGCAGAACUGUGUAGGCAAACUCAUCCCGACAGAGAAUUUGUCGAGGAGGCUAACAAGGCAUCAAUGAGAAUCAAUGAAUAUCUACAUUAUCUAAAUACAAAUCAUACUCUGUAUGAUGCCGUGAAGAAAGCCGAGAAAGAUGCUCAUUUGCUUUCCAGGGAAGCUCAUAGGGCUGCCAGUCAUCUGCGCAUUGAUUUUGAGAAGGGUGGAAUUCAUCUCUGUCCUGAGAAACUUGAUCAAGUUAAUCAGCUAAAUAUUGAUAUUUUUCAGCUGUGCAGGGAGUUUGGUCAAAAUAUUAUCAAUGACCCAGGUCAUGUGGAUGUAUUUCCGGCAUCACGUAUCCCAAAAAAUAUACAUCAUCUUCUUAAGCCCAUUCAUCGAUUAACAUCUGGAGCAUCAAGAGAAUCAUUAAGGUCAUGCAAUAGCAUGAAAGAAAAAGGAUUUCGGAUAAUAACUGAGCCCCGCACUCUACAUUCUGUUCUGCAAUGGACAUCAGAUGAUGAGGUCAGGAAAAUGGCUUAUGUGCAAGGGAACUCUGUCCCACAUGCGAACCAUGAAGCUCUUGACAGGCUUAUAGCUGCCCGCCAUGAGCUUGCCCAGAUUAUGGGUUAUAGGUCUUAUGCUGAUUUUAUAGUUAAGCCAAACAUGGCUUCAUCUCCUGAGGUAGUGACGUCCUUUUUGCUUGAGAUGAAUAAGAUGAUUAAGCCGAAGGCUGAUGAGGAGUUUAAGGCAAUUCGCGAUUUUAAGAGGAAAAUAUGUGGUCAAAGAUUUGUAGAUUUGGAGCCAUGGGAUGAGGCUUAUUACACAGCAAUGAUGAAGUCUUCUACUUAUAAUCUGGACUCUUCAGUUGUGGCACCAUAUUUUCCUUUGCCACAAUGUAUUGAAGGUUUGAAAGUGCUAGUGGAGUCAUUAUUUGGUGCUACAUUUCAUAGUGUCCCCCUGGCACCAGGUGAAUCAUGGCACCCAGCUGUCCUUAAAAUGUCCCUUUAUCACCCUGAAGAGGGAGACAUGGGAUACCUGUACCUUGAUCUUUACUCAAGGGCAGGCAAGUAUCCAGGUUGUGCUAAUUUUGCAAUCAAAGGGGGACGUCGAAUAUCAGAAACAGAAUACCAGCUUCCUGUUGUAGCCCUCAUUUGCAACUUUUCAGGUUCCCAUAAUUCAUCGACCGUGAGGCUUAAUCACUGUGAAGUAGAAACUCUAUUCCAUGAGUUUGGACAUGCCCUUCAUUCCUUGCUCUCAAGAACGGAUUACCAACACUUUUCAGGCACCAGGGUGGUUCUUGACUUUGCUGAGACACCUUCAAAUCUCUUUGAAUACUUUGCAUGGGAUUACCGAGUCUUGAGGAGAUUUGCUAAACACUAUUCAACUGGUGAAAUAAUACCUGAGAAGUUGGUAAACUCUUUGCAAGGUGCCAGAGACAUGUUUGCAGCAACUGAAUUGCAACGUCAGAUUUUUUAUGCUUUGGUCGAUCAAACGCUGUUUGGUGAACAGCCAUGCCCAACCAGGGAUACAAGUUCUAUUGUUGCUGAUCUGAAAACGCAAUAUACCAGCUGGAACCACAUGGAGGGUACUCAUUGGCAGAUCCGAUUUAGUCACCUCAUUAAUUAUGGGGCAGGCUACUAUAGCUACUUGUACGCCAAAUGUUUUGCUGCAACCAUUUGGCAAAAGCUAUGCCAGGAGGAUCCACUAUCAUUAGUCACAGGAACUGCUCUUAGGACAAAAUUAUUGCAGCAUGGUGGUGCCAGGGAACCAGCUCAUUUGCUGAAUGAUCUAGUGGGCGAUAGGAUUUUGACAUAUUGCAAUGGAGGCAUAAUUCCUGACAUUACAAGUUUCUCAGAUGAAGUAAAGUUGGUGGAAGAUAAAGCAAGAGCGGCUGUUCUUGUAGCUGAAUAAAGGAAAGAAAAUAAGGACAGGGAUGGAGAAAAGAGAGAUAUAGAGAGGCACUUCUUUGUUGGAGAGAAAGCAAAUUUGACGUGAUGGUCAUUUAGACUUGCGGACAAAUUGCUGGGAAUG